AUGGAACCAGACCAAGAGGAACAAUUGAGAAACACCGAAGAAUUGAAUGUGGAAGAGAGUGGGAAGCAGGAAGGACGAAGGCCCUCAGGUUCUUCCUGUCACCCAUGGACUGACUCUGAAAUCAGGAUCUUCCUGGAGGAGUGGGAAGUAGUUGAGCGCAGAGUGGGAAACCCAGGCAGGAAGAUCUCAGAGACGAUCCAGGCUCUUUGCCUGCAACUCAAUGAACGGAGAGGCCUAAAAAAGAGCUGGGAAAGCUGUGUAGACCUGUUACUGACCCUGCAGAAUCUGCACAGGUCACUCUGUAGUGGCAGACCAGAGGCUGUCCCCUUGUUUUCUCCGUAUUCCGAGGCCCUGUACAGGAUCCUGGGCCGACCCCCAGGUUCUUCCUGUAGCCCAUGGACUGACUCUGAAAUCAGGAUCUUCCUGCAGGAGUGGGAAGGAGUUGAAUGGAGAGUGGGAAACCCAUGCAGGAAGAUCCUGGAGAAGAGCUGGGCAAUUCACCAGCAAAUCAAUGAGAGGAGGGGCCUGAAGAAGAGCUGGGAGAGUUGUGUGGACCUGUUGCUGACCCUGCAGAAUCUGCACAGGAUACUCUGUAAUGAGAGACUAGAGGCCAUUCCCUUGUUUUCUCCUUACUCCAAGGCCCUGUAUAGGAUCCUGGGCCAACCACCAGAAGAAUGUAAAUCGGACAUGUUCCAGGUGGACCAGAACAUAGAGCAGAUCAUGGUUCAGUCCUUACUGCCGAGAUGGGUCUGGUAUAUGCCUGCCUGCCAAGAACUGUCAACCUUCCGUGAAUCAGCCUUUAAAUUGUGGUACCACUGUUUCUUUUACACAGCUUCAGGGGAACCCAUUGUUUAUGAGGUCUUCGAAGAAUUCCGUUUCCCAGAGGGGACCCCCUGA